UCAGUCAAGUUCAAGCGAGCAAAGCAACCUGACAGAAACGAUCGACUGAUUCUGAACAAUUUUCGUUCCCAUUUUUAAUAAUUAUAGAUUAUGUUUUUAUUAGUGAAACAAAAUUAUUAUUAUGUGUAGUGCAUGUGAUUAAAAAUUUUUGUGAUAUUUACUUUAUGUAAUUAAUAUUUAUAAAUUUUCUUAUUUCUAUUCGUGAGUUUACAGUGUCCGUUAGACUGUGUGUAUUUAUUUUGUUAACGUAAUACAAUUGUUCCAUAUUAGAAGAAAACGUUACUUUUCAUUAUAAAAGAAUGAAAAUAGAUUCGGUAAUGGUGUCAGAAAGAGAUGGAACACUGGUAGAUAAAACGAACAUUGGACUUCCUUCGGCGAAGUUACUUUUUUACCUCAGUAUUGAGUUCCUAAUUGCAAUUACAAUCUCAUGCUUCAUAAGUAUACUGAAUUUGAUUAAGUCUGUGUUACCAAAGCCACCAAGAGAUCUCACCGGAAAUGUUGUUCUGAUAGUAGGAGCAGCGUCAUCGUUAGGUGCUUCUUUAGCCGAUGAAUUUGCAAAGAGAGGAUGCUCAGUUAUCUGUGUGGACGAGAUUAAUGAUUCCGUACAACAAAUAGCAUCAGAUCUCCAAUUUCGUUAUGCAAACUUAAAAGGAGACAUUACAACAAGCCAAGGAAAACAGGACGCAUCUCGAAGAAGUCCAAGGAUUAUAGCAUAUCAAUGCAACUUAUUGAACCAUAAUAAUAUCCACGAUAUAGCGAAAAAGGUUAAAAACGAGAUUGGCGGUAUCGAUAUUUUAGUAACAUGCGUUGGUGCAGCGGGUCAGGAUAUUUUUGACACUGCUAAUACAACUUUGAUGAGCCAUUAUUGGACUAUAUUGGCAUUCUUACCUUCAAUGUUAAAUCGAGAACGAGUUCAUAUAGUUGGAGUAAUGCCUGUCGUAUCGAACGAAGAUGCUUAUAUAGGUUCCAGAACUGCUAUAGCUAAUCUGAUGGAGUGUUUGGGUCGAGAAUUAAGUAAUUGCGUCAAUAAUUUCUCAUUUCUUGCGGUUGCACCUACGACAAAAAACAGGUCGAUAAGACAGGGCGAGCAACGAGUUGCAAAAGACAUUGUCGAAGCUAUCAGAAGAGAUCAGUCGAGUUUAAACAUUGGUUGGUGUUCGCCUUUGUUCUAUCGAAUAAGCUGUGUAAUUUACAAUAUUAUAACGACGAUAACACGAUGGUAUAGGACUUAAAGAGGUUAGAAUGCAACUACGUUAAUAGGAGCAAUUUUUAAAAUUAAUAAAAUUAGAAAAAAAUAUUUGACAUAAAUUUAUGAGGAUUAGAAGGAAGUACAACGAUGUGAAUGCAUUUUUAAAUUUGUUUUGUAUUAAUUUAUGCAGAAUAAUUUAGUCAACGAUGACCGUUUGUCGAUAAUGAAACUUUCUGUAUUUACAUAAUUUUUGCUUUUUUUUUUAAUAUUUAUAACAAAUUUUCGGUUAAUUGUUGAAUGUUAAACAAAUAAUUAUUGGACUCUUUACAAUAUUACAAUUUACAAAGUAUUCUAUUUAUAACUUAUUUAUGGAUAAUGACUAUUGAUGUACAAUAACGAUUUUCGUUAUCAAUUCAUGUAAUUUAUAUUUCAUAACUUAAAUAUAAAAUA